AACACCUGUUCAGCCAUCUCAACACUGCAGAGCACACAACUGCGCAUGCUCAUACAUCUCCUCUGUAUGCUUCACCUGCUCAGGUAACACACCUGUGUGAGCCAAUCAGGUGCUCUGGCGCUGCAGUUUGUUUGCAGUGUGAGCGGCACGAGGGGCCGCGUGGGCGCUGUGAAGGCGGCACGAGCUGCUCAUUUAAACCAGAAACAAAGAGAGUGAUCCGGAUCAGAGGAGGUGAUGGUGUGCACGAGGAGGAGGAGGAGGAGGAGGAGGAGGUGAUGGUGUGCACGAGGAGGAGGAGGCGGCUUCUCAAUUAUCCCUCCGCGUGAAGAUAGGUGGCGCGUGGUGGUAGAAGGUCUCGCGCCUGUUUAUGUUGCGGUGACAGCUCCGGCGGGGCGGCGUCACACAGACGCUCUGACACCGGAUCAGUCCCGACCUGCCCGCCCGGACCGACGCUCCCCUCCCGGCCACCGCUCUGCGCACACACCGGGACUCACCGGGACUCUCCGGGACUCACCGGGACUCUCCGGGACACCAUCCAGAUUUCUUUUUUAACAUUUUAUUUCAGGGAGGGGGGCACGCGCAGUAGCAGCACUUUUUUUCUUUAGUGUGCUGCCGUUUCUUCCUCGCUGCUUCUCCUUCAGCGGCAGGAAACACGGACACUCUCCGGCGGCGGGAGGAGCAGCAGCGGAGCCGGAUCAGGAGCCCAUGCGGACCGGACUGACUUAUCAAUGAAGCAGGAGAUCAUGGCGGAGGGUCCCCGCUGCAAGAGGCGAAAACAGGCCAACCCCCGGAGGAAGAACGUGUUGAACUAUGAGAAUGUGGUGGAAACGGGUUCUGAGACAGACGAGGACGACAGGACGCUGGUCUCCGAGGAGAACGGCCUCGCUAAUGGCGGCGGCGGAGGAGGAGGAGGAGGGGAGGAUGAAGAGGCAGGCAGCCCGGCCAGCGUGCCCACUCUGGAGGCGUCGCCGCGGGUCGCCCACGCCCUGCUGUCCUACCACGGCCAGGAGGGGUCAGAGGUCAGGGAGAACCUCCACCACAGCUGGAGGCUGCGGGACGACACCAACGGACACCUCAACGGCGCCGAUGACAGGAAGGACGAGUAUGAAGCUCUGGGUCCGGAGGCGUCUCUGCACGCUGUGGGAAACGGAACAGUGAAGCGACUGGAAGGCGUCUCUGAGCUGGACGAAUACUUUCUGAAACGUAAACUGGAGGAGGGUGACGGUCACCCGGCAACAAUCGCCGAGUACCUGCAGCGCAGCGACACCGCCAUCAUUUACCCAGAAGCCCCGGAGGAGGUGACGCGACUGGGCACGCCCGAGGCCAUCGGUCAGGACGAGAGCGAGCACGACCUGCCGCCCGGCACCGCCGACGACUUCGCCCAGCUGCUCACCUGUCCGUACUGCGACCGCGGAUACAAACGCCUGACGUCUCUGAAGGAACACAUCAAAUACCGCCACGAGAAGAACGAGGAGAGCUUCACCUGCCCGCUGUGCGCCGACACCUUCAGCCACCGCACGCAGCUGGAGCGUCACAUGACCACACACAAGCCUGCCAGAGACCAGCCGCAGCUGCUGAACGAAGGAGCUGGAAACCGCAAGUUCAAAUGCACCGAGUGUGGAAAAGCCUUCAAAUACAAACAUCACCUGAAGGAGCAUCUGCGCAUUCACAGCGGUGAGAAGCCGUACGAGUGCUCCAACUGUAAGAAGCGGUUCUCCCACUCCGGCUCCUACAGCUCCCACAUCAGCAGCAAAAAAUGCAUCGGACUGAUUGCUGUCAACGGACGAGUACGCAACGGAAACAACGGCAAGCCUGGCUCCUCCCCGAAUUCUACGACCUCAUCGCCUGGAAGCCCCGCCCUCGCCCAGCUCCGCCACAAACUGGAAAACGGGCGACCGCUCGGCCCACAAGACCAGCAGGGUCAGCUGGACAUCAAAGCCGAGCCGAUGGACUUCAACGAGUACCGGCUGCUGAUGGCCUCUCAGUUUGGGGGACCGGGUGUCUACAUGAACAGCCGUGGUGGAAGCCCCCUGGGUAUCCAUAGCUCCUCCCAGAGCCCCCUUCAACACCUGGGUGGCCUGGGCAUAGACCUGCCCCUGCUGGGCUACGGAGGGCCUCUUGGGAACAACCUGAGCGAGGUGCAGAAGGUGCUUCAGAUUGUGGACAACACGGUGUGCAGGCAGAAGAUGGAUGGGAACCCAGAGGAGAUCUCCAAGCUCAGGGCCUACAUGAAGGAGCUGGGGGCCCAGAUGGAGGAACAGAAGCUGGCCCUGUCCUCUCAGCAAGCCAGCUUCCAGGUGGUGGGCCACAGCAGCCCCACCAAGAGUAUCAUUGACUACACGCUGGAGAAGGUCAACGAGGCCAAGAGUCUGAUUGACGACUCCAAGAGGCAAGUGGAUGUCAAGAAGGAGAAGCCGAACCACUCAGUGGAUCUCAGCGAGGAGAAAUCCCAUGACGGCCAGAACCAGUUCCUGCCGUUCUCCUGCCAGUUCUGCAAGGAGAGCUUUCCUGGGCCGAUCCCACUGCACCAACAUGAGCGCUACCUGUGCAAGAUGAACGAGGAGAUCAAAGCGGUCCUAAAGCCGGCUGAGACUAGUCCUGCUGGCCGCAGGGGGGCGAUGUCCUCUGAGCUGUCCAGUAACGAGCGGGGCACCAGCCCCAUCAACCCCUUCAAGGACCACGUGUCAGUGCUCAAGGCCUACUUCGCCAUGAACACUGAACCCAACUCAGAGGAACUUCUCAAGAUUUCAAUUGCUGUUGGCCUUCCUCAAGAGUUUGUCAAGGAGUGGUUUGCCCAGUGGAAGAGCCAAAACCAUGGAGGCGGUCUGAGGAAAAAGUCGCCCCUUCCUGACCACGGCGGAUCAGACGGCAACCACACCUUGAGCCGGUCACCGGUGUCACUUCCUGCCGUAGAUUUCACUAACGGUGACGCCUCCCACAGACUCACAAUAAAUAACCAGUUUACAGCCAACAGGCAGACAACAGGGGACAAACCACUAGACCCCUUGGACCACUUGAGGAACAACACUCCGUCACCCCUCAACCUUUCCUCCACUUCCUCCAAAAACUCUCAGAGUAGCUCUUACACUCCAAACAGCCUAGCCUCUGAGGAUGCCCAUGGGGAUAUACCACUGGAUCUGUCGCUGCCCAAACACAUGGCGCAGAAGAAGCGACACAGACCCAAUGGUUUCAGCAUUGAGCACAAUGGUGAGCUGCAAGACCAGGCAUCCAGGCCUUUAGAUCUAGUCAACAUCAAGAAGGAGGUCCUGGGCUCGGAUGGUGGAGGGAACUCCAUCCACCAGCUGGAGAAGAGUAGCAGUCCGAUCUUUGGGAUUAAUCCCUUCGCUGGUGGCCCUGUCUACACCUCCCUGCCGCCUCAUGGAGCUUUUCCUCCGCCUACUUUCAUGUCUCCUGCCCAGGCCACCAUCCCGGGCCUCAGGCCAUACGCAGGUCUCGACCCCAUGAGCUUCCUGCCCCACAUGGCCUACACCUACGCCACCGGGGCGGCCACAUUUGCUGAAAUGCAGCAGAGGAGAAAGUACCAACGGAAACCAGGUUUCCAGGGGGAGCUGCUGGACGGGACGGCAGACUAUCUGUCAGGCCUGGACGACCUGACAGACAGCGAUUCGCUGCUCUCCAGGAAGAAGAUUAAGAAGACUGAAAGUGGUAUGUACGCGUGUGACUUGUGCGACAAAACAUUCCAGAAGACCAGUUCCCUCCUAAGACACAAAUAUGAGCACACAGGGAAGCGUCCUCACCAGUGUCAGAUCUGUAAGAAGGCCUUCAAACACAAGCACCAUCUCAUCGAGCACUCGCGGCUGCACUCCGGAGAGAAACCGUACCAGUGCGACAAGUGUGGCAAGCGCUUCUCUCACUCGGGCUCGUACUCGCAGCACAUGAACCACCGCUACUCGUACUGCAAGAGGGAGGCCGAGGAGCGCGAGGCGGCCGAGAGGGAGGCGCGGGACAAAGGCGGCGGUGGCGGUGGCGUGGUGGUGGGCAGCCUGGAGCCCACUGAGCUGCUGAUGAGGAGGGCCUACCUGCAGGGCCUGGGGCCGCUCGGAUACUCGGACCCCGAGGACCAGCAGGAGGACGGUGGCGGCGGCGGCGGCGGCACGAUCCUGAGAGACGGCACUGAGGGAAGAGCGGGCGAGAGGGAAGUGGACAAAACGUACGAGGAGGUGACAGACAGACAGGAGGCAAGUUUCAGGGAAGGAGAGGAAGAGGAGGAGGAGGAGGAGGGAGACAGCAGGACCCAGAUGGACUCGACGAGGGACAACGACGAGGGCAAAGACACGACGCAGCUGAUGGACGAGAGUUUACGAGAAGGGAAGACAGACGGCAAGUCGGACCAGGAGGACUGAUCCAGAAACAACAAGUCACAAGAAAAAAGCUUUCAGAACAUUCAGAAAAUCCUCUUCAGGGACUGUACACUAAUUAUUAGAGGUGGGGGGGCUGUUAUCUACCCCAGAUUUAUAUUGUUUGUUUGUUUUAUGCAGAGAAACAGUCCUUCAUUUGUCCUCACAUUCAGCUGAUCACUGAUCAGAUGUAAUGAGCCUCAUUAACAACUAAAACGUUAACGUCACGUGAUGCUAACGUUCCCAGUCCAAGCAAAAGUUUUACAUUUUUGGAAACACGCUCGAUGUUCAGAUAGACUCACGUCUGUAUGAAGCUACAGUCAGCAGCUGCCAGCGGUGGAAGAAGUACUCAGAUCCUUAAUGCAGUAAAAGUACCAAUACAAC